AUGUACCGAAACGUGGUCGUUUUAAUUGUUUUGUGGAAUACAGCCGAUAGUGCCAACUACCAGCGAUAUGCUGAACCCGGUGACGCAAGAUACGCAACCCCUUCGAGUUAUUCUUCAACUGUGAGCCCAUACAACCAAUUUCCAUACAAAUCCGGUACUUAUGGGAGCGAUAUAGCGAAUUUCCCAGAAGUGACCAGGUAUCCUAAUUACGCUUCUGGAGCUUCGACCAGCAAAUACAACUCCUAUAGUACGCUGAAAUCGAACAUGUUUUACCCUCCGGGCGGCUACAGUACUUCAAACUAUGGAGACAACUACGGAAGAACUUAUGGGCAGGAGUACGGCCAGGGAUAUGGCCAGGGCUACGGGACUGGUUACAGCUCUUACGAAGUUCCCUUCAUGAAGAACAUAAGGGACUACUGCGUGAACAGGUCGCCGCAGCAAGGGAUCUGGGUCGAAAACCUAAUGGGCAUGUGGUACGGUGUGGAGUUCGUCCAACAUCUGGCUGGUGACUCCAGGGUCGACUACGCGAGGACCUGUAUCGUGAUACACAUUUCGGAGCCUAUUGACCAGAUCUUAAGUUAA